GAUAAUCCCCCUUGGGAGCUCGACUGCGUGGCGGCGUGUAUUCUUGGACUAUCAUUAUGUCUGUCCUCGGGAAGCGCAGUACAACUUUUAGUCUGCGAGAACUGAAUCUCCUCGCAACAGCAGCCACCGCAGCACCUGUUCCCUUGCACAAUCGAUGCGCGCGGUCUUUCUCCGCCUGGAACCGACCUCCGCCAAAUUAUCCCGGCCAUGUGCCAUUGACCUUCUUGGAGCGCGGUGCAUUGGCCGUAGGCUCUGCAUUCGGGGCUCUUAUCAACCCACGACGAGCUGACCUCAUCGCAACCUGCGGCGAAGCCACCGCGACCCCCUACUUCAUCUACCGUCUUCGCGACGCUAUGCUCUCCGACCCCACGGGCCGCCAGAUCCUCCGCGACCGGCCGCGCAUCACCUCUCAGACCCUCCAGCUGCCGUACCUGCGCACCCUGCCCGAGAACACCGUCGGCCGGACGUACGCCACCUGGCUGGACCGCGAGGGCGUGUCGCCUGACACGCGCGAUAACGUGCAGUACAUCGACGACCCGGAAUGCGCCUACGUCAUGCAGCGGUACCGCGAGUGCCACGACUUCUACCACGCGGUGACCGGGCUACCCAUCUUCGUGGAGGGUGAGCUGGCGCUCAAAGCGUUUGAGUUCCUGAAUACCUUGAUUCCAAUGACCGGGUUGAGUCUGUUCGCCUCGGUGCGGUUGAAGCCCGCCGAGCGGGAGCGGCUGUUCAAGAUCUACCUGCCGUGGGCGGUGAAAAGUGGGUUGAAGAGCAAGGAGCUGAUAAACGUGUAUUGGGAGAAGAUUCUGGAGAAGGAUGUGGGCGAGUUGAGGGAGGAACUGGGGAUCGAGCAGCCGCCGGAUAUGCGGGAGAUCCGGAGGAUGAUUCGGUUGCAAAAGAAGAGGGAGAAGGAGGCGGCGGCAGCCAAGGCCGGUUUGUAGUGUGCUUUUCCUUGUUUGGCCGGGGUGGAUACCUGUGUAUAUUAUAUAGUAUUGCAUGG